UAGUGUCUAAAUGUUUCUGCUGAAUUCUUGCUUAAUUCUGAAGGAAAGGGAAUGGACAAAGACAUGGACCAGCUGUUCGAAAAUAAAGCUGAAAUAGUAGAACCUGGGAGAAGUUAAAUUUUGUAAGCUAUUAUUUUCUUCACAAAACCCCUGGGAGGUAUUAAACAGCUGCAUCUGAGUUGACGAACAGCAACUAAGACAGACCAACUGAAAGCAAGACUUUCUACAACUCUGCUUCAACUAAAGAAACUAAGUGACUCAAGCAAGAAAUCCUGCAUGCUUUUGUCGAGAGAAUAUCAACUGUAGUCUGUUUAUCUCCUGCGUGUUGUAUGUCUUUUUUGAAUGGCAAUAUGUUUGCAAAUUAAAAUAUGGUUCCUUUGGCAAAGUCAGAGACCUUCUCAACAGAAUUGUUGGAAAAUAUAUGUGAUAGAUUGAAUGGUAACCAACUGCAAGUGGACCCUCAAGCCCAGAAAAGGACAUUCAAGAGAUUUGCUCCUAGGAAAGAUGAGAAAAUCUCUGCAGAUUUUUAAAAAAUCUAUUUUUAUUCUGAUGCUUACAAAGCUUUGAAGUUUGCGUGUGAAAGUAUCGUAGAAGCGUAUGAAGAUGAAAUAUUCUCACUUAUCGCCCAGGAGGCAGACUAUCUAGCUGACAAGCUGUGCAGUGAAAAAUCAGGUCUUUGCGAAGAACCUGCUACUUACAUUGAGCCAUAGAAAUGAUAAACUACUUAGAUUACAGAGUAAAGAAGGAUCUAUAACCACAUCAGAGAAAAGUAACCAACUUCCAGGGAAACAAGGCAACUGUGUACAAACAAAAUGCUCUCAAACACCCAGAGUAAACACCUAAGUGGAUAGAAAGAAGAAUAUAUCCUUCAACCCUUUUUCAUUUCUAGUAAUCUUUUAUGUUAUCUGUAGCAGUAGUCAGUAAAUAUUUUCAGACAGAUAUGUUUUUUUAAGUGCCCCUUUAAAAUAUUGAUACUGUCUUAUACUUUGCUGGAUAAGCUCUGGGAAUCUUUCAUGAUACUGCUGUGUACAGGAUAUGAAGAAAAUUCUGACUACCUGUCUGCUGGUUUCUUUGCAUCCAGGGUUAUGUGCUGUCCUCAAUCCAUGUGUACAGCCACUGAGGUCAGUGCUAUUUCUGCUGAAGUUAGAAUGCAAUGCCAGAAUAUGGGCCUUCAAUAUUAAACUGUUAUCAUGAGAAUAUC